AAUAUAUGCACCGGUCACAAAAAAAGAAAACGUUUUUUCCCAUUUGAAUUACAAUAUAGUUCUUUGGCGUUUCUCCAAAAUGUCAAAAAGAAAAGUUCAUUUUGAUGAUGCUCAUGUUGGACAGGGCGAUAGUACACGGCGUUUUAAAGAAAAACAUUCCCUUGACAGUGACGAGGAGGACGACGCUGUUGAAGAAAAACUGGACGAAGAUGAUAUCGAAGGACAGGAAGAAGGAGAUGUGGGAUAUGAUGAUGGUAUCAAGAUAACUCCUUUCAACAUGAGAGAAGAAAUGGAAGAAGGUCAUUUUGAUAAAGAUGGAAUGUACAUAUUUGAUAAGGACAAGGACAAGAUAAAAGAUGAGUGGAUGGAUAACAUAGAUUGGCAGACAAUAAAAGAAAGAGAAGAUAAUAAAACAACAGAGAUGAAUGAUGAUGAUAGUGAUGAUGAAGCUGAUAAACUUGAUCUAAAAUCUAUGUACAGUGAGAUGUUGACAUACCUGAAACCUGGAGAGACUGUACGUAAAGGAUUAAGGCGGUUAGGUUGUAAGAAAGGUAAACCAGUCUCGUCGAUGGACCGAUGGAAAGCCAAGAAACAGAAGAAGGAAGAAAGUGAAGAGGACAAACAAGCUGCUAAAGAUAAAGAAGACUUUCUUACACUCACCGGCCUCGCUGAUAAACUGCUGCAAAAUGGAAACAUGGACGUUUAUGAAAUGACAUAUGAGAAAUUGACAUAUGAACUUAAAAAAUUUGAUAACGGUAAAGAAAGAGUGUCCGUACCUGAAAAGAUAGACGACGAUGAUGCUUUAGAUAUGUUCGCUGAUGACAUUGAUAAAACUGAAACGGAAAAAAUUGGAAAAGAUUUCGGAAACGCUGAUUCUGUGAAGACUGAGUCAAAUUCAAAUGCUGACAAAUCAAAGGAAGAUAAAGAUACGGUACAAUCAAAUGAGGUUAUGUGGGAGUAUAAAUGGGAAGACAAAGAUGAUGAAGAAAUACACGGUCCGUACUUGAGCUCCGAAAUGUUAAAAUGGUCCGAGGAUGGUUACUUCAAAGCCGGCGUGUUUUGUCGCAAAGCUGGUACACAGAGUCAGUUUUACACGUCGAAACGGAUAGACUUUGACUUGUACACUUGACGUAGUUAUUAAUAUCAUGUUAAAGAAACAUUUUGUUACAGUAUCAUUGAAAUCUGAAAGACUUACGAAAUUAAAUGAACUUAAAAGAUCAUUUCUUAACCAGUAUAUUACAACAUUAUGUAUUAAUACACAAUUAGGCAGCAUAUAGUAAUGAUCUUUAAUAAAGUCUGGAAAUGUUU